CGGCCGCGUUAUGGCGGCUGCCAGUGACAUGAGCACAUCACGUGUCGUUCCUACCCAUGGUCGUCGCGACCGUGGGUAGUGACGACAGCUCCAAAACAUGCGAGUUCAUCACAUUGUUCGAAGCUCUGUGAAGUCUUGUCAAUCAGCGGGUAAAUGUAGGCAUUGUAGCACAAAAAACCCGAUCCGUGACGCGAUGAUGACCAACAAUGCAUAAUCCUGUACAGCACAAGAUCAAGUGUGCAUGACUCCCCACAAAGCUCCAAUUACUAUCUCUUCCAGGCAAACACCAUAAUCCAUCCAUCGAAUCAGUAACGUACACCAGAUCGUUAGACAUGACCGAAACACGCCCAAAGAUCAAAGUAAUCAUCAUCGGCGGCGGGAUAGCCGGCCUGGCACUCGCCGCCAGCUUGACGAAGAGGCCUCACAUCGAUUUCCACGUCUACGAAGGCGUACCCGAAUACAAAGACGUGGGAGCAGGAUUAGCACUACACUCCAACGCCAUUAGAGCAAUGGGUCUGCUCGGGGCGGAAGUCCGCCAGGCGUAUUUUGACAAAGCAUUGGAUAUGGGUGAGGAGCACGAGGAAAUGGCUACAGAAGUGAUCCUCGCCCAAGGACCUCACUCGGGCGAAUUGGUUGCGGAGCUAGGACGUGCCAAAGGCAGGAAAUCCGUCAGUCGGGCAGAUCUGCUGCAGGGACUGUUGGCAUUGGUACCAGCCGAUCGGAUCACGUUGGGCACGAGGUUGACCAAGGUCGAGGAGACGGUGGGAGGGAAAGUCACGGUCACGUUUCAGGACGGCGGACAGGUCAGCGGAGAUUGCUUGAUCGGAGCGGACGGCAUACAUAGUCUCACGCGCAGCUAUGUUCUCGGGGCGGAACACCCCGCUACGGCACCUGUGAACCAUGACGGCUGGCAGAUCUACCGGAUCAUGGUGCCCAUGUCUGUCGCGCAGCGAGAGCAUGGGCUCGAUCCGCGAUGGACGAAGAUCGUGCCGAUCAUGCUCGGACCCCGGGGUCAUAUCAAUACCUUGCCCUUGAACAAGUCCACGCGUCUCAGUGCUGGUGUGGCGGUGCGUGGCGCCAAGUUCACUGAAAAUGGAAUGGCGUCGGAGCUGAAUCCUGGUCUUUAUUCUGAGUAUAGUGAUGAGGCACAUGUUCUCUGCGAUUUCGACGCCGGAGCAGCUGCCGAUAGCUUCGGCAGGGUCUAUGCAUACGCUGAGGCGGAUAUGCUGAACCGACCUGAGAAGAUGCGGUCAUUCUUCAAGGACGCUGCAGCCUUCACCAAUGACUUCGAUCUGCGGAAGCAGAAUGACGAUGCAAUGAUCUUGAUGCAGAAGUGGCUGCGUGAAACACAAACUUAA